AUGGCUAGUGUUUUACCAUCCGCUCCACCGGGAUCGGCUGUUAUUUCCUCUAAGAGGAGGUCUCGAAGGGGCGCUCAAAGGUUGGCAGGCAAGCAACCCGAUGUCAAACAUAUUGGUGUAAGUCAAACGGUUAUUGACAGACUCGAUUUGAUGAGUUUACACCAGGAGCUCCUGGAAACAUUUUCCACAUUUGACGUGCAAGGGGGGAUGCGGCGGAAGGGUCAAAGGGGAUCCUUUGCCUCUAAAUUCAACCAUGUACCCAUAGCAAAAGGAAUCGUGAACAGAACUAAUUCUUGUUUUAUGAACGCAAUGCUCCAGGCAAUAAUUUUUACCCCGCCCCUUGCUCAAUUGAUCAUUUCUGCUUCCGACAGUGAGUUGUGCCCAACACUCUCUGCGUUAGGCAAGUGGAUGUUGAGUUAUUGGACGAAACCAGCUAAUCAAUCUAUUAGCCCCCCUCAACUCUCCGUUGCUCAGUCUGCAAAUGAGGGAGUCGCCUCGACGUACUUGCUGUUGGCCAGAAUGAACGGCUAUGCGCAAGAAGAUGCGCUUGAGUUUUUACAGCAUCUUCUCGAUACGAUAAAUACUGAGCUGUGCUCUUUGGAAAAACAUUACUGUAAUCGUGCUGCGAUUGAUAGUGGCGAUGAAAAAGGAUGGACAUUUGUGCAUGGGCGUGAGCGCCGAUCGUUGCGCGAGGAGAAAACAGGACCCCACUCGAUUCUACUCGACGCUGUGUUUGGUGGUACGAUACAAAGCCACUUGAAGGGAAAGAGCCGUGUCCGAAGCCACGCCUCCGUUGUUUUAGAUCGCUUCUUUGUGUUACAGGUUGAUGUUGGUUUUAAUGCUGAGUGCACGUUGGAGGAGGCCCUCGAACGCACACUCCAGACAGAGAAAGUGUACGAUGAUUCACGUGCGAAAGACUUGGUAAAGACAAUGAAACUGCACCAGCUGCCGCUAGUGCUCUUCGCCCAACUACGGAGAUGGGCCGUGACAGCUGAGGGUGAACUUGUAAAACUCGAUAACAUUGUACGCUUUGGAAAGACGCUGGUGUUGCCCAAGUCUAUAUGCUCGGAUGAAACGUUGAGCGGGACGGCAAGAACGUAUCAACUUGUUGCGUUUGUGGCUCACCGUGGCUCCGCGACGGGUUGUGGCCAUUAUGUGACGUAUAUUGUGAACGCGUCUUUACCUGAGAACGCGCGUUCUAAUUCAUUGGUUACCGGGGGAGAAGAAGUGCUUACACUCUGCAAUGACGUGCGGAUUUCACAUGUCACCAUGCGGGAGGCGAUUGAAGGCGAAGCGGCGUACUUGUUAGUGUACCAGCGCAAGACAUGA